UUACAAUGGUUAGACUAAGAGGUAUCAAUUUAGUAUUAUUUCUUAUUUUAAUUAUGCAGAUAAGAUAUAGUAUAAGUAAAAAAACAUCAAUACGUGACAUUAUAGAAGAUUUUCACGAUACCUUGCCAAAAAAUAAUAACAAAAGUAAUAAAAAUAUAAUUGAGCAAAAAUUACGAAAUGAUGGGAAAAUAAACGAUGAUAUUUAUUUGAAUAUAACUCAAUUGAUAACAAAAUAUAAAUAUAGCGUGGAAGUGUAUGAGGUUAUCACGUCAGAUGGAUAUGUAAUAAAACUAUUCAGGAUACCAGGAAAUGGUGCUAUUGUCUUCCUUAUGCAUGGUAUAAUAAGUAGUGCAGAUGACUGGAUAUCCGGUGGAGUGGAAAGCGGACUGGCGUAUCUUCUAGCACAGCUGGGCUAUGAUGUAUGGAUGGGUAAUGCAAGAGGAAAUAAGCAUUCAAGAUCUAACAUUUAUAUUGACCCAUCAGAAAAGAAAUUCUGGGAUUUUAGUUUCCACGAAAUAGGUAUGAUUGAUGUACCAACAAUGAUUGAUUUUGUACUGGAAAAAACGAACAAAUCCUCAUUAAUAUACAUCGGCCACUCACAAGGCACCACAGCUUUCUUUAUUAUGUGUUCUUUAAGGCCCGAGUAUAAUAAAAAAAUAACCUUAAUGAUAUCAUUGUCACCUAUCGCAUGGUUAUCGCACAUGAAAAAUCCCAUACUUAAUAUUUUAAAGCCAUUUUAUGGGGAAAUAGUGUUUCUGGCAUCAGCUUUAGGCGUCGUGGAAGUAGUUCAAGAUUCACGUGUUCUGCGUGGGUUACAGAGGACGUUUUGCGGUGAUGAAGUGUGGGCUUUUACUAUUUGUCAACAUAUUAUUUUUAUUAUCGGUGGAUUUAAUUAUAAUCAAACGAAUUAUGAACAGUUGCCCGUGAUUUACAAUCAUUUUCCAUCAGGUUCAUCAUUAAAACAAUUACAACAUUAUGGACAAUUAGUGUUAUCUGGUCAUUUUAGACAAUUUGAUUAUAAAGUGAAAAAUAUUGAAAAAUAUGGAUCAUUAACACCUCCGUCUUAUCCUGUAGAAAAAAUAACAGCACCAGUUGCAAUUUUCUAUGGGGAAGGCGAUUGGCUCUCUGACGUCAGUGAUGCCCAAAUUUUAAAAUCCCGCUUACCGAAUUUAGUUGAAUUUUACCGAGUAGAGGAUGACCACUUUUCUCACUUUGAUUUUAUUUAUGCUGCUGAUACGAAAAAUUUAUUAUUAGCAAAUAUUUUAAGAUUAAUAAAAAAGAUUCACUGAUAUAUUCAGA